AUGCAGCGGUCUGCAGAGGCAGUGAACCUCUUCGGAGUCUGUUCGUCCCUGCCCCUUCCGAGUGCUCCCACUGAGGUAAUGUUUGUCAUUCCGGCACCUCUUAAACAAUCACUCACGCUACUUCAACCAUCAAUCUGGCGAUUCAGUUACCCUAUUUCAAUCGUUUUUCCACGUCUCUCUCUCUCUCGAAGUUUUCCUCUCUCUCUUUCUUUCUUUUCUCUUCUUUCUUUCUUUCUUUCUUUCUUUCUUUCUUUCUUUCUUUCUUUCUUUCUUUCACAUACAGUUCCCAACUGUCUUUUACAUAUUUCAAUUUCUGCUUCUUUCUUUCUUUCUUUCUUUCUUUCUUUCUUUCUUUCUUUCUUUCUUUCUUUCUUCUGCAUAUCUUUUUUCUCUUUUUACUUCUUUCUUUCUUUCUAUAUAUCUUUCUUUCUUUUGCAUAUAUUCUUUUUCUUUCUUUCUUUCCUUCUGCAUAUGUUCUUUUUUCUCUUAUGUCUUUCUUUCUUUUUCAUAUUUUCUUUCUUUCUUUCUUUCUUUCUUUCUUUCUUUCUUUCUUUCUUUCUAUUCACGUCCAUUUUUAUCUGUUUUUCCCGCAUUAUAUUUAUCUUUUUCUUUCUUUCUUUCUUUCUUUCUUUCUUUCUUUCUUUCUUUCUUUCUUUCUUUCUUUCUUUCUUUCUUCUGCAUAUAUUCUUCUUUCUUUCUUUCUUUCUUUCUUUCUUUCUUUCUUUCUUUCUUUCUUCUGCAUUUCUUCUUUUUCCUUCUCUCUUCCUUCUCCUACGUGCGUCACAUCUGCUUUCUUUCUUUCUUUCUUUCUUCUUUUUUUCUCUUUUCCUUUUUUUUUUUCUUUCUUUCUUUCUUUCUUUCUUUCUUUCUUUUUUUCUUUCUUUCUUUCUUAAAAGGCGUGUCUUUCUUUCUUUGUGCUUGCAAAAGAUUUGGAAGGAAACUCGUCAAUACUUUUUUAUUUUUUUUUUCAUCGACUCAUUUGCCUUCUUUCUUUCUUUCUUUCUUUCUUUCUUUCUUUCUUUCUUUCUUUCUUUCUUUCUUUCUUCUUUAUUUAUUUCUUCCUUGCUUGCUUUUUUUCUUUCUUUCUUUCUUGCUUGCCUUCUUUCUUUCUUUCUUCUUUAUUUAUUUCUUCCUUGGUUGUUUUUUUCUUUUUUUUUUUCUUUCUUUCUUUCUUUCUUUCUUUCUUUCUUUCUUUCUUUCUUUCUUUCUUACAUCUGCCGUUUUUCUUUCUGUAUAUCUUUUAUUUCUUCUGCAUAUCUUCUUUCUUUUUUUCUUUUUCUGCUUAUCUUUAUUUUUUCUUUCUUCGGUACAUUUGCUUUCUUUCUAUUUUCUUCACAUUUUCUUUCUUUCUUUCUUUCUUUCUUUCUUUUUUCUGCACAUCUGCCUAUUUCCUUUUUUCUCUCUCUCUCUCUCUCUCUCUCUUCAAUGAGUAUUUCACUUUGGCUUCUCUAG